AUGGCAACACCCACCCUAACAUUCGAACAAUCCCUCUCCCUAACCCGCCUCUCCCCCACAACCUUCCGCCCACUCCACCCGCAAUGGACCUGGCCCAACAGCACCGUCGUCCCCGGCGGCUGCCUCAUGUCCAUGGCCGCCCAUGCAGCCUACCAGACCCUCCCUGCUGACCCCGCCUACGCCCUCGACAACCUUCACUGCCAAUUCCUUUCCGGCUCCAACCCGGACGAGCCCUAUACCAUUACCAUCCAGCCUCUGACGGAUGGCAAACGCUUUCGCGUACGCUCUGCCGUCGUCACGCAAGCGGGGCGGAAUAUCGUGAGCGUGACGAUGGCGUUCAUCAAUGCCUCACCAUGGAAGGGACCGAGCAUGAGGCAUUCGGUGCCGCGAGUGGGCAAGGAGCGGGUAAGAGAGAUCACGAUUGAUGAUCUCGAGCGGGGCAGGACUGUCAGGGGCGGGUAUAUGAAAUUUCAGCGGCUGCCGCUUGUGCACCGGGAUCCGAGGGAGGUGCACACGAGCGUGAAGCCGGUGGUUGCGCAUAUUAUUGGGCCGAUGCAGGCGGAGACAGGGACGAUUCCGCAUGUGCUGGGGUUGUUGAAUCUUUCGGAUUAUCAUGUUCUUGCUGCGCCGUCAGAUCUGCAUGGUUAUACGUUGGGGCUGCCGGCGAUUGGAGAUGCGAGUGGGAAGCCCACGGAAGCCAUGGCGAGCAUGUUCACGAGCCUAAAUCAUACGGUGCAUAUACAUUCGUAUGAUUUUCGAGCAGACGAGCUGAUGUACGUCGAGGUCACUUCGCCGUGGACGGGCGACGGGAGGGGAAUGGCGAAUUCGCGGAUAUUCAACCAGAAGGGAGACUUGAUCGCGUCGUGUGUUCAAGAGACGUAUCAUGUUUUGAAGCCCGGACAGAAGUCGUUAUUUGAGAGCAAAUUGUAG